UGACAGAAAGAGAGAGAGACAGAAAGAGAGAGAGAAUUAUAGAGAGAGGUGAGCUAGAAAGGAGACGCUCAGAGAGAGUUAUCAAGUGAGAGAGACAAAGAAGAAGUCGAGUUUUACCAAACCAGGCAGUCUCUCCUUACCUCAGUGAGUCUGUCCCACAAUGGGCAACAGUAAGAGCGGCGCGCUGUCUAAAGAACUUCUGGAGGACUUGAAGUCCAACACCAAGUACACCGAGGCUGAGCUGUGUACCUGGUACCAGACCUUCCUCAAGGAAUGCCCUGGGGGGAAGAUCUCCAAGGAGCAGUUUGAGGGCAUCUACGCCAGCUUCUUUCCUGGAGCGGACCCCUCAGACUAUGCUCGUCAUGUGUUCAGAAGCUUCGACACCAACUCAGACGGCACGCUGGACUUCAAGGAGUAUAUCGUAGCUCUUCACCUCACCUCCGGAGGCAAGACCACACAGAAACUGGAGUGGGCCUUCGCUCUCUACGACGUUGAUGGCAACGGCACCAUCAGCAAGAAUGAGAUCCAGGAAAUCGUCAAGUCAAUAUUCAACAUGAUCUCUGCUGACGAUCAAGACAACCUGGCAGAGGAUGAGGACACACCCGAGAAGAGAGCCGACAAGAUCUGGAACUUCUUUGGAAAGAAAGAAGAUGAAAAGAUCUCAGAAGGAGAAUUCAUCCAGGGCGUGAUGGAUAACAAGGACAUCCUGAGGUUGAUACAGUACGACGAGCCCCAGAGGAUCAAGGAUAAACUGAAGGAGAAGAAGCCAUAACACAGGACGAGGAAUCAACAACAAAACAAACUUUUCAUUCACGUAUUUCCAUUCAUGACUGUUCAAAGCUUCACUAUGUACAUGUAUUUUUUUAAUUCCUUCAGGUUUUCAGCAGGUGCAUGUUCUCAGUGUUAACGUAGCCCACCUGACAACAUUGCGAUCAUGUCACACUCUGUGGUGACAAUAGUCCAAUUGAAAUGAACCCCUGGGACAUCGGCUUCAGCCGUUAACCCCACUCCAGCCUCCUCGUCCUCAAACCCCACAGUGUUGUCAUGUGACUCGCACAACCCCGCUGAGAUGCUGAGUGAUGUUGUGGAUACCAUGGUGGGGACAACCCACAGGUGCUGUCCAAUUGAAAUAAAACCCUGUUGUAGUAAGAUAGAGAAGUAAUUAAGUUUAAAAUAAAAGUCAUUGAGUCUUUGAGUUUAUCCCCAGGAGUAGACAU